AUGCAGGAUAUCCUGAGCCCAGCCGCGGAGCCGCAGCACGCUCGUUUCCACCGCCAAACCAUACUGCCGCCGCCGGAGAAGACCCCCCAGUGGGGCGGCGCCGACGCGAAGGACGCCGCCGCGCCGCGCGGCUGGCGGGGCGUGGCGGCGGCGCAGGAGGACUGGGGAGAGCUCAACACGGGCAAGGGCGCGCCCGCGCUGUUUGUGCUCGACGCCGGCGGGUGGACGGUCACAAAGCUCGCCGGCCUCCCGGAGGACCACUCCUGCGGCCAGCCGGUGUGGACGCCCGACGGCGCCGGCCUCGUCUUCGUCGCGUGGCCGCACGCGCCCCUCAACUUCCCGGCCACCAAGCGGCGCCUCGGCAUCGUUUUCUGCUACAACCGCCCCUGCUCCCUGUUCCACGCGCCCUACGCGCCGCCGCCGGCCGCCUCGAAAGACGCCGAACCAGAUGCGGGCGCGGCGGACGCGGCGGCGGAGGCUGCGCCGGCCGAGGACCUGACCGGCGGGCAGCUUCUCAGCGCCUUCGCGCCGGUUUUCAGCCCGGAGGGGGGGCGGCUGGUGUUCCUGUCUCAGGACGCCGCGGCGCGCAGCGGCGUGCACAGCGGGACGGUGUCGCUGCACUCACUCGGCUGGCCGUCAUCGGAGGGCGGCCCCGCCGCCAAGACGGUCGUCCCCGUCAUCGCCCGCCCCGCAUCGCCCGGCAGCUUCCCGGGCCUGUACGCGGGCGGCUUCCCGGAAGCUGCCUUCCUGUCGGAGCGGGUCGUGUUGGUCAACAGCCAGUGGUACAGCCAGGGGGUUGCGCUGGCGGUUGACCUGGAGACAGGAGCUGUGGCGCCGGUGACGCCGCUGGGGGCGGAGCAUGGCAGCUGGACCGUGCAGGGCGUCUGCAACGGCGUCAUCGCCGCCGUCGCCAGCCGGCCCUCCUCCCUGCCGGAGCUGCUCCUGGCAGCCGCCCCCCUCGACCUGUCAGCCCCCGCCGCGGACGCCGGCAGCCCCCUAGACCUCUUGGCCGCCGCAGCAGCGCUGUCCGCGCCGUCCGCCUGGCGGCCAGUCGCUGAGCUGGCAGUCGCUGACCUGGCUGCCUCGCUGCCGGACGCGGCGGCGGCGGUGGAAGGCGUGGAGGCCGUGCUGAUGGAGAUCAAGCCGACCACUGGUGAUAAGACGCUCACCUUCCAGUCGGUCGUGCAGGCCCCCAAGGACCGGUCCGGCCCCUGCCCCGUCAUCGUGUUCCCCCACGGCGGCCCCCACACCGCCGUCGCCGCAAACUACUACAUGCCCUUCGCCUUCCUCACGCGCCUCGGCUACUGCGUCGUGGCGGUCAACUACAGGUGA